AGCAGGGGUGGAAGGGGGAGACUCGGCGUGGGUGCUGGACACCCCGCGUUUUGUACAUUUAAUGUUUGGAGUGCACCGUGGCUUGCACACAGUUUUGAGUUCGCUGCUGGUCCCCAUCCUGCUUUCCCGCUGGUUCGAAGUCUCUGUGGCUUCCCGGCUUUGCUCCAAGGGACUGGAGAGGCCAGCGUGGAGCCUUGGGGACGUAGGAACGGACUCUUCAGGAGCCCUCAGUUCCGCUCUUACUGAACUCGGAAACUCUGAGCUGCGUUUCGGGUCGUUGUCUCCCUUGGGAGAAGCUGGACUGUGGUUUGGCAGGCCCGGUCCCAGACGAGGACCGCACGCUGGGGACCAUGGAGUUUACAGCAUCGCCUAAGCCCCAGCUCUCCUCUCGAGCCAAUGCCUUCUCCAUUGCCGCGCUCAUGUCCAGCGGUGGCCCCAAGGAGAAGGAGGCAGCAGAAAAUACCAUCAAACCCCUGGAACAAUUCGUGGAGAAGUCGUCCUGUGCCCAGCCCCUGGGGGAGCUCACCAGCCUGGAUGCUCACACGGAGUUCAGCAGCGGGGGCGGCAGCCCUUCCUCAUCCUCUCUAUGCACAGAGCCAUUGAUCCCCACCACCCCCAUCAUUCCCAGCGAGGAGAUGGCUAAAAUCGCCUGCAGCCUGGAAACGAAGGAGCUCUGGGACAAAUUCCAUGAACUGGGCACCGAGAUGAUCAUCACCAAAUCUGGAAGGAGGAUGUUCCCGACCAUUCGCGUGUCAUUUUCUGGGGUGGAUCCUGAGGCCAAGUACAUAGUCCUGAUGGACAUCGUCCCGGUGGACAACAAGAGGUAUCGCUACGCCUACCACCGCUCCUCAUGGCUGGUGGCUGGAAAGGCUGACCCUCCCCUCCCAGCCAGGCUCUAUGUGCAUCCAGACUCUCCUUUUACUGGUGAACAGCUCCUCAAGCAGAUGGUGUCUUUUGAAAAGGUGAAACUUACCAACAAUGAACUUGAUCAACAUGGCCAUAUAAUUUUGAAUUCAAUGCAUAAGUACCAGCCACGGGUGCAUAUCAUAAAGAAGAAAGACCACACGGCCUCUCUGCUCAAUCUGAAGUCUGAAGAAUUCAGAACAUUUAUCUUUCCAGAGACAGUGUUCACAGCAGUUACAGCCUACCAGAACCAGCUGAUAACCAAGCUGAAAAUAGACAGCAAUCCGUUUGCCAAAGGGUUCCGGGACUCCUCCAGGCUCACUGACAUUGAGAGGGAGAGCGUUGAGAGCCUGAUCCAGAAGCAUUCCUAUGCCCGUUCACCCAUCCGCACCUAUGGAGAAGAGGAUGUACUGGGGGAAGAGAGCCAGACAACUCCAAAUCGAGGAUCAGCCUUUACAACAUCUGACAAUUUGUCUCUCAGUUCCUGGGUAUCAUCAUCUUCCAGUUUUCCUGGAUUUCAACAUCCACAGACCCUGACUGCUCUUGGCACCAGCACAGCAUCCAUAGCGACACCCAUUCCUCACCCUAUACAGGGUUCUCUGCCACCAUAUAGCCGCCUGGGAAUGCCGUUGACCCCAUCUGCCAUUGCCAGCUCCAUGCAGGGAAGUGGUCCCACGUUCCCUUCAUUCCACAUGCCUCGAUACCAUCACUACUUUCAGCAGGGGCCCUAUGCAGCCAUUCAAGGACUACGCCACUCCUCUGCGGUGAUGACACCAUUUGUAUGACUCUUCUGAGAGUUGGGGGAGCUAGAUCCAGGAUGUCCAAAUGGGUAUGAAAUA